AUGUAUGGGUUGGAUAAGAGUAGAUUGUUUGAGGAUCCAAUUCUGUGUGGACUAUGCAAGAGCAUAAUUUCAGUCUUCUCUGAGACCUUUUUAAGCCUUGAUGCUGUAAAAAUGUUUCAAGUUAUUAACUACUUACAGAACUCGUAUAAACUUGAUUAUGAAGAAUCUUGGCAAUGGGGAUAUAAGGAAAUUGAAAUACUAGUGGAUGGAUUAAAGAAGAAAACAUUUAAUCCUAAUUAUUUGUGAGAAAUCACUCUCCCACUCUGAAAGAAAGAGCAUUUUAAGAUGCAGACGAGAGAAAGCUAUGCUGAAAGAAUUUUAUCUGAUAAGCCAAAAUUUAUAAAAAAUGAUGAUUUUAUUGAUAAUCUGUACAAAAGAAUUAUGAAUCUUCAGAAUCAAGGUAGAGGAAGACAAACAAUCACAGUACAUCAUUUCUCAGAUUUUCACUUAGAUUAUGAGUAUGUAGCUGGAGAGAGUAACUCUUGAAAGAAACUAGUCUGAUGCAGGUCUAAUUUAGUUCCUACUCCUGAAUCACAUAAGGAAAGAGCUGGAAAAUGGGGAGAUUAUCGUUGAGAUACAAAUCCAAAAAUGAUGGAGAAGCUAACCUCUGCUCUUAAAUCUGUAAAGAAACCUGCUUUUACUAUUUGGACAGGAGACAAUACGGACCAUGGAUUCCAUAAAAAUAGCAGAAUCGCAACCAAAGCAAGUAUGGAAAUUACUAAAUAUUUUAAGAAAAAUUUUCCAGAAGCAGUAGUUUUUGGAAUUCAUGGAAAUCAUGAAAUUGGUCCAAUGAGCCUUCAAAAUUUUAAAGAAGGCGCUGAUGAAGCUAUGAAAAUACUUGCUGAGACUUGGAAAGACUGGAUGUCUCCUCAUGCUUAUAAAGAAUACAAAGAUAAGAGCUAUUAUUCAAUGCUACUUUCAGAGCAUCCUAAGGCUCCUAAAUUUUUGAAGAAUAUGCUAAGAAAUGUCAGGCUAAUUGGAUACAAUUCAGAAACUUGUGAUAUCUACAAUAAGUACAUAGUUGGAGAGAUGGGAGAUUCUCUACAGCAACUCGAAUGGCUUGAAGGCGUCCUAAAACAUAUGGAACAAAAUUGAGAAAUUGGGAUAUUCUUCUCUCACAUAUCUCCUGGAAUGGAUGGUUGAUUUAGUGAAAAUUCAGCUCGUAUUCAAGCCUUAAUGGAUAGAUAUCAACACGUUAUUCGUCUUAACUUAUUUGGGCAUACUCAUCAAGAAGAGUAUGAGAUUAUUAGGUCUGUGAAGAAUAGAAAACCCAUAGGUGUUAACCAUCUAGUUCCAUCAUUUACCACUAUAAAUAAUCAAAACCCUUCAUUUAGAGUGUUUACUUUGGAUGCCCAGACUUUGAUCCCAUUAUCCAUAGAAACUUAUACUUUUGACUUACAAAAGGCAAACCAAGACGAUAAGUUUGCAGUGUUUGAGAGAAAUCAUGAAAUGACUCAAGAGUAUAAUAUGAGGGAUUUAAGCCCAUCCUCGUUUUAUGAAUUAUCUCAGAAGUUUCAAGUCAAUGAAACUCUUGCCUCAAAAUAUCUGGUUAAUAAAAAUGCUGGAGCAAUAGAUUAUGUACAAAUUUUUAACUUAAUUCCAUACAAAUUCGGCACUUAUCUUAAUUUUACUAUCAAAAAUAACCUGAAACCAAUAUCAUGAAGCACCUCCAACUCAGUGUAUUCAGACACAAGGAAAUGAUACCAGUGGCAAGACCUGACUGGGCACUAUGAAGUCAGAAGUUAUGUAUAUGAUUUCUUGUAUGGGUACUGGGUCGACCAGGUUUAA